AUGCUGGCCAAAAGACCCUCCAAGACAAUCCUCUGCCUGCACGGCGGGGGCGCGUCUGCUGAUAUUUUCCGCUUCCAGACCUCGUCGCUGCGCGCCGCCCUCACCGAACACUACGACUUCCUCUACGCCUGUGCACCCCACCUCGCCACCCCGGGUCCUGAUGUGCUCCCUUUUUUCGCGGGCAUGGACCCCUUUUACAGCUGGUUCAGGCCGAUACACCCCGACCCGGAGGCAGAGAUAGCCACUUUUAACGAAGCGGUCAAGGGCUUCGUCGACAAGUACCUGGCGGCAAACCCAGGCAGCAAGAUUGUCGGCGUGCUGGGCUUCAGCCAGGGCGCAGUCGCCAGCACCCUGCUCCUCUGGCAACGGCAGGUCGACAAGGUCACCUGGCUGCCGGAUCUUCGAUUCGCCGUCUUGCUGUGCCCGGGCUACAGCGAGGUGGCGACGAAGUACAUGCUUUCCGUCUGCGAGGAACAAAACCUAGGCGCGCACGGCGUGGUCGUGACCCUGCCGACGUUGCACGUACACGGGCGCCAGGACACUGUCAACCUGCCGCAGAGCAGGCGCAUGUAUGCAACUCAUUACAAGGGCGCGCGGCUUCAGGAGUUUGACGGCGAGCACGAGGUCCCUAAAAGGGUGGGCGAUGUAAAGAAAAUUGUGGAAUACGUCUUGGGGUUCCCGGUUUAG